AUGUCUUCACUUCUUGAUACUCGAUGUUUAAUACUUUGUCUUUUCUUCCUUCUCGCCACUUACACUUUUCACUAUAUAUGCCAUCAAAUCCACCAGCGCCAAGUUUCACGAGCAAAAGGCUGCAAGGAUGCUCAAUCCAAAGCUCCAGUAAAAGACCGCUUUAUUGGAUUUGACUUUAUUUACGAUUGCCUCUUCACAAAGCCCAUCGACAAAUAUCUCGACUACACUUAUAAAACGUUUCGGCAACUGGGACCGACCUAUGUAUGCCAAAGAUGGACAUGGGAAGCCACCUACACAUGUGAUAGCCGGAAUAUUAAACACAUUCUGGCUUCUGGCUUCGAUGACUUCAAGCUUCCCCGCCUUCGCGUGAAUGCCAUGAUGGGGCUUCUCGGAAGUGGCAUCUUCACCUUGAACGGACACUUGUGGUCACAUGCUCGAGCUGUCUUGCGACCUUGUUUCGCGAAGCAGAACAAGGACGACAUGGUCAACAUGCUUGAAACCCACUUUCAGGCUCUGCUUAGGAGAAUCCCUCUUGAUGGGGCCACGGUUGAUCUACAGCCGCUGUUCUUCUGGCUCACCAUGGACUUUGCGACGAAUUUCCUCAUGGGCCACUCGACGCAUGUACUUGAUCGCGCGUCCAGCCAUGCCAAAGAAAAGCAGUUUGUAGACGAUUACUUGACGUGCUCUACGGAGAUUGUCAGGAAAAUGCAGCUCGGUCCGCUCCAAAUGUUUUCAUUCAAUUUUGCGGCAAUGAAGGCACGAAGCCGCGUGUUCCAGUACAUUGAUGAGUUUAUCAGUGCGUCUUUGGACAAAGAGCGAGAGCAUGAUGAGGCCGCAAACUCUGGACUUAAUGUUCUGCAAGGUUUAGCAGCCCUGACAACAGAUCGGAAGCAGCUGAGAGACCAGAUCCUCCAUAUACUGGUUGCGAGUCGAGAUACCACAGCCUGUCUCCUAAGCAACUUAUUUUUUGUGUUGUCUAGGAAGCCGCAUAUCUAUGAAAAACUGAGAUACGAAGUUGUUUCAAUUGCGGGUACUAAGCCAGCAACAAGCAAUCAGCUGAAUAGCAUGGAGUAUCUGAAGUGGUGUGUUCAAGAAUCUUUGCGACUCCAUCCUGUAAUUCCGACCAAUGCUCGAGAGGCCUCGAAAGACACGAUUCUACCACACGGUGGCGGUAAAGACGGCAAUUCACCUCUUCUCGUCAAAAAAGGAAACCUCGUCAUGUAUAAUAUCUACGCUAUGCACCGAGAUGCUGGUGUUUUUGGACCUGACCCUGAAGCAUUUGUGCCUGAAAGGUGGGAUGGACUUAGGCCAGGCUGGGGAUAUCUGCCGUUUAACGGCGGGCCACGAAUCUGUAUUGGCCAAAAGUUUGCCCUCUUGGAAACUCAUUAUUUAGUAUCAAGAAUGGUACAGACCUUUGAGACGAUUAAGGCAAAUGAAGAUACAGAGUGGAUUGAACUAUAUGCUCUUGCGACAACUUGCAAGGAUGGAGUAAAUGUCAGCCUAAAAAGAUGA